AUGGCACUCGGAUUUGUCCUGGUGGGCUUUGCUUUUUGUUGUGUCUCGUCUAAAGGAGGCGGCAGUGGCAUCGGCAGGACCGUGUGUCAGAGAUUCGCCUCUGAAGGAGCUUCUGUAGUAGUGGCUGACCGCAAUGAGGAAUCAGCCAAUCAGACCCUGGAACUGCUGUCACGUGACCACAAAGGUCAGGGGCACCUGGCCCUGGGGGUGGACGUGUCAUCAAAGGACAGUGUGGAGAGACUAGUGACAAGUAUACAGGUGUCUGUGCCGUUCCUGGGCUCUUCUGGAGCUCGAGGGGUCAGUGAUAAAACAGGAAGUUCAUGUGUUUGUCUUGUUUUCUUCCAGCCGCCGUCUGUGUGUGUGAAUGCAGCCGGGAUCACUCAAGAUGAAUUCCUUCCCAAGAUGGAAGAAGAUGAAUUUGACAAAGUCAUUGAAGUCAAUCUCAAGGGUACGUUUCUCGUAACUCAGGCCAUCUCGAAGGCUUUAGUUUCUGCAGGCGCUGUGAAGGGCUCCAUCAUCACUGUGGGCAGCAUAGUGGGCAAGGUUGGGAAUAUUGGGCAGGUGAAUUACUCCGCUUCUAAAGCAGGAGUGGAGGGCCUCACUCGAACCGCUGCCAAAGAGCUGAGCAAGUUUGGUAUUCGCUGCAACUGUGUCCUGCCAGGGUUCAUCACUACACCCAUGACAGAUAAAGUACCAGAGAAAGUCAUCGAUAAACUCACAGCCGUCAUUCCAAUGGGAAGGAUGGGAGAACCUGCUGAAGUAGCUGAUGCAUGUGCCUUUCUGGCUUCUGAUGACAGUCGAUAUAUUACUGGAAUCAGCAUUGAAGUUGCUGGUGGACUCUUCAUUGGCUGAAAACUGUUGAAUAAGACUAAACUGAUCACCAGCUCUGUACCUUCAUCGU